GAUCCUAUGCCUACCAACUCCCUCAACGACGCCAUCUGGUGCCUGGGCCAAAGAUACGACUCACAUCCCGACUCAUCCCCGCCCAACACUACACAGUCACAGCCCUCGCUACCUACUACUCCCGCCGUAGCAGACGCAACUAAAUUUGCUCCCUCAGACUCGAUAGCGUCGCCGUCCCAGAAAGAAGACGAGUUCGAGACGAUCCAGGUGCAAGAUGCCACCAGCAACAACGGCUGGCCACCUGCCUUUCUCGACGACUUGGAGUCUCGCAUAUGGCUGACCUACCGUUCCGACUUUUCUCAUAUCGCAAAGUCUGCAGAAUCCUCACUGUCGACCAGAACUUGGCUCUCGCAGUUGGGCAACAACCAAGGCUUCACGAGCGACACUGGCUGGGGCUGCAUGAUCCGAAGUGCUCAGAGUCUACUGGCAAAUACUUUACAGAUACUGGAGCUGGGACGAGACUGGCGCAAGGGACAACAGCCGGGGGCCGAGCGAAAUCUAUUGUCUCUCUUCGCCGAUGACCCAUCUGCGUCCUUCUCCAUCCACCGCUUCGUCAAGCACGGUAGCGAAGCCUGUGGGAAGCACCCUGGAGAGUGGUUUGGCCCCUCGGCCGCCGCUCGAUGCAUCAAAGCGCUGGUCGACAAACAUUCUGCUUCUGGUCUUCGAGUCUACAUUCGUCCCGACGAUUCAAGUGUCUACGAAGACAGUCUCAUGAGCAUCGCUCGCGCUUCCGAUGGCUCUUUCAAGCCGACUUUGAUCCUUUUGGGUACGAGGCUAGGCACUCGUGGUGUGACUCCGUCCUACAGAGAGGCCAUCAAGUCUGCCCUACGCCUGCCUCAAAGCGUCGGCAUCGCUGGUGGCCGACCAUCUUCCUCGCACUACUUCAUCGGUACCCAAGCCGAUCACCUCUUUUACCUCGAUCCACAUACCACACGUCCCCUCCUACCUGCUUCCCCCUCCGAGGCUGACAUCGCUACAUGCCACACGCGUCGUCUGCGUUUGAUAACACUUGAAGACAUGGAUCCCUCCAUGCUCCUCGGCUUCCUCAUUCGCGACGAGGCUGAUUACAAUGACUGGAAAGCCGCCAUCGAGGCCACUCCACCCACACGCAUCGUACAUGUGUACAAGGAAGAGCCCUCACUCUCUGGCGACGCCACAGAUGCCGAUUUCGAGCGCGCUGUUCUUGACGUACAGAGUUGUGAUGAGGAC